AUGACAGUGGCCUUGCUGGCUACAACCGAACAGAUAAAACAAGAUAGCCGUCGAGUAAACAGCGUCUUGGAUCAGCUACUUGCAAUGACUAGCGAGGCAGCAGAUGACGAAAACUUUCGUUCUCAAGACUGUCAUAUAUCAGAACUAUUAGUCGUAUUCGCAAAACUAUUUGUUGAUGAUAAUGUUGUCGAAUAUAUAUUGAAACAUUCACAAGUUGAACUAAAAUUACCAACAAUCAUCUUUUUCUGCGAUCUCCUGGUACGCUUUCGGGACGCUCUUCUCAGUAAUGAUCCACUAAAACAGCUAACAUGCACGGCAGCGUUCAACAUCGUCUGGAGUAUUUCACUACACGAGCAAUACAAGCUCAAGUUAAAAGAACAUCCAAAACUUGUUCAGACAAUAAAAAGUCUAGGGCAGGAUGAAAACGUCGACAGCAGCCUCGUUCAACAGUAUGUACCAAAGCAUAUGUCAAAUGUGAAACAAGCAGCCGACGGUAUUCUCUGUAAUCUCGGCCUUGCUGAUAAAGUACUUCUCGAAGAAACACUAGUAGAGUCAAAUGAUAAACCGAGUCUAAUGAUUAGCUAUUCUCACCACAACAAAGAUUUUUGCCAAAAACUAUUGAAACAUUUGAGUCAAUUUGAUGUCUGGAUCGAUUUCAAUGAGUGCAAAGCAGGUGAUUUGUGGGAGAAAAUAGCUAUCGGUAUGAGGAAAGCAAAUGUCAUAUUAUGUCUAAUAUCGGAUAAAUAUUGCGAAAGUCGGUCAUGUCGUCAAGAAAUAACGCAUGCUAUCGAUCAUUUACAAAAACCAAUAGUACCCAUCUACAUUGAACACCACAAAGCGCCCGAUUGGUUAGGUAAGUGA